UCACCCUUUUCUUCUAGCAUGAAGUUCAAGAGUAAAAUUGAACAAAUACGAUGAUGUGUAGUGCAAGGAUUAGAAUCCCGUUUGAUCAACAAAAUUUGAUGUCUAACGUCAGCCAGUUUGAGUUACUUGAUCAACCGGCGCCGAGUUUAUCUGAAAUGGUUUUCGGGUUUCUUGAAGACGGUGAGUCUUGGUCGGAAAGCGGGAGUAGUGAAGGGUAUCAUGAAAAUAAGAUAAUGGAUUUGGAGGAGGAAGAGGAAGAGAAUAAUGGCAAUGUGGAAGAGAACAGGAGUUUCUGGGAGAACCAACACCAGCUUCUACAUGCAACGCUGUGCAGGACUACUUCCUUGGAAUCUAGCAUUAGAAGUAUCACUAAAGAUGCAUUGAAGGAAAGACAAAUGGCUGGAAAUUGUAGUUGCGGUAGACCAAUGGCUUCCGGCUGUCGGAGUUGCUUGAUGGCAGAAGUCUCUAGCCGUCUACGAAAUGCCGGUCACAAUAGUGCCAUUUGCAAGACUAAAUGGAGAAGCUCGCCUGAUAUCCCAGCAGGAGAGCAUACUUUUAUGGAUGUGAUAGACAACACAGUUUCAAAAAGAGGGGAGGUGAGAGUUAUAAUCGAAUUAAAUUUUCGGGCAGAGUUUGAGAUGGCGAAAGCAAGCGAAGAAUACAAUCAACUUGUCCACAGAUUACCAGAAGUGUUUGUUGGGAAAGUUGAAAGAUUAAACUCUGUGAUUAAGACCUUAUGCUUGGCUGCAAAGAAGUGCAUGAAAGAAAAGAAAAUGCACUUAGGGCCAUGGAGAAAGCAAAGGUACAUGCAUGCAAAAUGGCUUGCGACGGCAUGUGAAAGGGCAACGUCUCUGCCUCCCUUGUCGAUGGGACAUUCCAGCCGAUUGCUGAGGCCGAAGGCAUCGAUGCUAACGGUGGAUUUGAAGGAGAUGCUUCCUAACGUACAUUGCACUGCAGCUACGGCUGUGUGGUAAAAGCAUAAAUUUUGUUGUAGCUCUCUUGCUUGCUACCCCGACAGAGUUAGGAAUAUAUGCAAGUUCGUGGGGAGAACAUACAGAGAAAUCAUAAAAAUAAGGGAUAUUUUGUGAUCUUUGAUCGACCAAGAAAUUAUUAAUCACUUCAAAGAAUUUCAAU